UUCUCCUGGAUCCGCUGGAUGCCAUCCAUCCACACUGGACAUGUUGGACUAGUCGCUGUGAGUGUGUGCGCGCGUGUGUGAGUGAGUGGAGGAGGAGGGGGCUCAACCAACUAUGUGGAUGAGGCCGCGCUGCGCAUCGCUACGCCCCUGCUCGCUCCAAGUCAGACGGCUCCUUCUCCUCGCGUCUUCUCGUCUGCUGGCUGCCUCUCUUUCAGCACCACUCCUUUAAGGACAGCAGCGCACACCCCCUUUCGCCGUCCUUCCAUCUAUCCCUCCUUCUUGUUCUUCCAUCCAUCCGUCCAUCCUCCACCCUCGGGAUCAUUACUGCAGCGAGCGGAUCGAAUGCGAAAAUUUCCACUCAAGACGCACAAAAAAAGUGCAAGGAAUUACUUCUUGGGAUUUAUUUUCAUCAGGAAGACUUAAUAGUCAACUUGUACCGGGGGGACGGAGAAGCUGCGUGACCCGAACCGGUGCUGCUGAAGUGGUACCCUUCUUCCUCCUCCUCUUUCCUUCGUCGUCGACGCGAGCAUGGCCACGAACGGGACCAAAGCGUCGGACGGCCACGUCCUCACGGAGACCGUGAGCGAGGCGCCGACGAACACGGCCAACGACAAACCCAAAACGCUUGUGGUGAAGGUGCAGAAGAGCAAAAAGGACUUACCCGAGCGAGAGACGUGGGGCGGGAAAUUUGACUUCUUGCUCUCGUGUGUGGGAUACGCAAUUGGACUCGGGAACGUGUGGAGAUUUCCUUAUUUGUGUGGAAAGAAUGGCGGAGGAGCCUUCUUGAUUCCCUACUUUUUGACCUUGAUAUUUGCUGGCAUGCCCCUCUUCCUUCUGGAGACGGCUCUUGGUCAGUACACGUCUAUUGGGGGGCUCGGAGUGUGGAAGCUGGCACCUAUGUUCAAAGGUGUCGGUCUGGCCGCUGCUGUUCUCUCCUUCUGGCUUAACAUUUAUUAUAUUGUCAUCAUUUCCUGGGCUAUUUACUAUCUGUACAAUUCCUUCACAACAGAACUGCCAUGGCAGACUUGUGGUAAUUCCUGGAACACAGAGAACUGCUACACCAACUAUAGCAUCGCUGAUACCAGGAACCUCACUAGCGCUGUGGUGGAGUUCUGGGAACGCAACAUGCACCAGAUGACCGACGGCCUGGAAAAACCUGGAGAGGUCAGGCUCCCCCUGGCCAUCACUCUGGCCAUCGCCUGGGUGCUGGUCUAUUUCUGCAUCUGGAAGGGGGUCAGCUGGACCGGCAAAGUGGUGUACUUCUCAGCCACGUACCCAUACUUUAUGCUGUUCAUCCUCUUUUGUCGCGGCAUCAGUCUGCCUGGCGCUAUUGAUGGAAUCCUCUUUUAUAUCACGCCAGACUUUGAAAAACUGAAAGAGUCUGAGGUUUGGUUGGAUGCUGCAACUCAGAUCUUCUUUUCCUACGGACUGGGAUUGGGCUCUCUGAUCGCAUUGGGUAGCUACAACCCCUUCAACAACAACGUAUACAGAGAUUCUGUCAUUGUCUGCUGCAUCAACUCCUUCACCAGCAUGUUCGCCGGCUUUGUCAUCUUCUCCAUUGUGGGAUUCAUGGCCAACGUGACAAAGAGACCCAUUGCUGAUGUGGCAGCCUCAGGACCUGGUCUGGCAUUUUUGGCUUAUCCCGAGGCUGUCACCCAGCUGCCAAUCUCCCCUCUGUGGGCCAUCCUCUUCUUCUCCAUGCUACUGAUGUUGGGAAUCGACAGCCAGUUCUGCACCGUGGAAGGUUUCAUCACCGCACUGGUAGACGAGUUCCCUCACGUUCUACGGAAGCGGCGCGAGAUUUUCAUCGCCAUCGUCUGCCUCGUCUCUUACAUCAUUGGACUGUCCAACAUCACCCAGGGUGGCCUGUAUGUGUUUAAGCUCUUUGACUACUACUCAGCCAGCGGGAUGUGUCUUCUGUUCCUCGUUUUCUUCGAGUGCACCUCCAUUUCAUGGUUCUAUGGAGUGAAUAAGUUCUACGACAAUAUUGAGGAAAUGAUCGGUCACCGUCCUUGUAUGUGGUGGAAGGCCUGCUGGGUUGUAUUCACACCGCUCAUUGUGGCGGGUGUGUUCCUGUUCAGUGCGGUACAGAUGGUACCCCUCACCUUGGGUGACUAUGUGUUCCCAGCCUGGGGCCAGGGUGUCGGCUGGUUAAUGGCGCUCUCCUCCAUGGUCCUCAUCCCUGGCUACAUGGGCUACAUGUUCCUGACACUCAAAGGCACUUACAAAGAGCGUCUGAGGAUGAUGAUCAAGCCGGUGGUGCUGGUGAAGGCUCAGGAAAACGGUCCGGAGCAACAGACGGAAAGUCAGAACCCCGCCACUGAGGAGGCGUACAUCUAGAACCUCGCGAGUUUCUCUCUUGUCUCAGCGGUUCUCCGUCGGGCUCCAAACACGCCCCAAGAGAAGCGGAAUCAAGGUUGGGAACGACCACCAGACGUCUACGUCUGCUUUCAUUCACCUACCUCCCGGGGACACGUGAGACCAACCUGACCGCAUUUAUUGUUAUUAUUGUAAUUAUGAAAUCUGUCUUUUUUUUAUUUUCUUGUUGUAUCAUACGGAGGAAACUACCCAGCCAACGUGUUGUGUACUUAUAAAGUUCAUUAUGCAAAAAAAAAACAUUUUAACAAGAGAAAUAUAAGUUAGAAAGUAAAACUACAUUAAAAGAUAUUGUUUUAAAUUUUGAAGGCCCGCAUUGAUAGUUUAGACGACAAUAACUGUACAAAGACAAUACAAUAAAAUACAAUAAUACUUUAUUUAUAUAGCGCAUUUCAUAACAGCCAAAGCUGUAACAAAGCGCUUCACAUAUACAUUUACAACUAUCGGGUUCAAUGCAUUUUUGCUUGUAAAAUAAGUAAAUACAUAAAAUAGAGGCCAUGUUUUAGGUGAGAAAUUAAAUGGAAAUAUAUGGACGUGGAAUGCGAAUGGGGCCAAAUAUAAUAGAUCCAGACUAUUUCAUUUCAAGUGUUUACCAGCCGUGUCUGGGGGCUUAUACGUUCAAAAAGCACAAGUGCAGUUUGUAGUACGAGUUUGAAACCUAUGACAAAAAAAAGAUUACGAAUAAAAAAAGAUAUAUAUACUUCAGUAGAAUAUCUAGCAAAAACUGUCAUCACUGUUGACAGUUUUGUCUUGUUUUUCUGAAGAACAAUAACUAUGUACAGUGUGUUGUUGGAAUCCUUUCUUUUUGAAGAAUAACUUUGAGGUAGUUUUGUAUAUUUGAGACAGAGAAGGACCAAACAAGCACACACAUCGGUUUGAUUAUUACAGGUACACUUGCAAACUUACUAACAGCAUGUGAUCACCCCUAGCAGACUGUCAAUCAUGGCAACAUCCCAUCGUGUACUAUAAUCCUACGAGCAUCCCGUGUGAACGCGUAUUCGAACAAUAAGCUUAAAUGACAGAGAAGCUAUGACCGAUUAUAGCAUAGGUUUCUAUGACAACCAGUACAGUAACUAUACAGUAUUUAGUAACUGACUCCUCAGGAACAAAGGUGGAUGUGACCAAAUGCUCCCGGAUAAGGUACACUGAAGCAGUAAUAUAAGUAUAUAUUAUAAUGUCUAUCGUAGCUCCUCAAUUAAAUGGCCACACAUGAGGGAGAAAUGUUUAUUAGCAGAGAGGCCUUUAUUCAAACAAAUAUAUUUUUCCCAGUAAUAUUAAACAAUGAUAGAUGAGAAUUUAAUUUAUAUCAAUACUAUUAAACAGCUCAAAUCAGGGCAAAGACUGGGUGGAAUUAAUAAAUUCUUAUAACAACAUUGUAGCGUGGCCGCAUGUCGGCCAUAGCCAACAUUAUGGCGUGACUAUCAGUCAGUUAAAAGACGGCAUCUCGGUAUAAAAGAACAGGACUGCACACCAUUAUGGUGUGAGAAACUAUCCUAGUCUGCUCCAAUGUUAGUUGUCGUUAAAGACCCCAUCUGAAGUUAACAUGAGAUUUGAUUGUUAUCUCGGUAGAUGCUGCUGAUUUGGUUAGCAACAGAGAUCAAAUGGCACAGCGUGAACAACAGAGUCGACUGAAAUAAUUAUAAUAAUAAUUACCCUUUUUUUCCCAAUGGGAAAAAGGCGUUUAUUUGUCUUGCGGCGUCAAAUAGAGAGGAAUGACCACAUAUUUGAGGAAGUUACUAUUUCGUUUUCUUCAGGCUUCUGAGAGACUGUUUACGUGCUUCAGUAGGUAUUGCUGUUUUGGUUAGCAACAAAGUUCAAAUAGGUUUAGCUCAUUUUUUAAUGUCCGCGUAUUUGAGGAAGAUGAUUAUUUAUGUCAAGUGGGCAUUUGUUGUACGGCCACUGAUUGAGGAAAUACACGGUAAUUAAAAUUUCUCCUUCUCUAAAAACAUUUAAACUGGGAUCUUUGGACAACAAAUCCAAAUCUUAUGUGUGUAUGUGUGUGUGCACACAUUUAUGCGUGUGUGCGUUUUCUUUGUGCACAUCAUUUCUCAUAAUGAUAAAUGACGAUCGAGGUUGGAAUCUGUCUAAAUACUGGCAAGUCCUUUUCGUAGGCUAAAGGAAAACCUAUUAUUACAUAUCAAGUUUGCACGGCAAUAGGAAUAAAUGAUAGCUUGUCUUAUCUUAUUACUGUAAAGAAAGAGAAUUAAAAAAUGAAUAAAUAUUGAUGAUAAUAUUUGCUUCUGUGGCAGCUAAAUGCGACAGGAAUCAGGUUGAAUCCGUCCCGUUAGGUCUCUUUUAUUUAUGUAUUUUCUUUCCAAGUACGUAAAUGAAAAUGACGACGAAGGAUUCGAUGCAUUUUUUUUGUACAAAGUGACUAUCUGCAGUUUUCUCUCUUGAAUGAUGUUGUAAACUGGACUGUGUAAUACAUGUAUCUGUGAAUGUCCGUACAACCUGACUUUUUUUUUGUUUCUUUAUUUCUGUCGAUUCAAUGUGGAACACAAAAAAAAAAAGUAAAAGAAAAAGAAAGUGUAUUAUUUGCUGUUUUCCGCAAUAAUAUUCCCGGAAAGACUAAAGCACAUCUCUCUCUCUCCGCUGUACAAACGAUCAUAACAGAAUAGCGUAAUAAUGCUGAUGAUAAUAAUAAUGUCAUAGAAAUGUCUAGUCAGAGAAUAUUGUUUUGUAUAUUUUUAGCUGUUUCUUGGGCCUGAUGUAAAAUAUUAUAUGUAAAAAAAUAUAUAUAUAAUAAAUGUCUUUAGAUGUGUUCUAUGAAAAAGCAUGAUUGCAAUAUAUGUUAUCUGCAAAAAAAUAAAUAAAGACCUAUAGAUUAUAA